AAAUCGAUUAUCUUUUGUGUUGUGCUUUUUUGCAAAACGGCGUCCGAGUUUCGCGUGUGUGCAUCUUUCACGUUGUGUUAUUUGAUCUGCCGGCAUCUAAAUUCGUGGAAUUUGCUUACGGCAGCAUAAAGUUUAGUAGAACCGCGUGUCCAACAUGAGCACACCGUCGGAGAAAUCGACGGCGACUACAGUCGUGAACGUGCAGCCACCGUCUUCGGUGGUCGGUCUCCCGCUGGAUGACCGUCUGGACCAAAUGACCCACGACUAUUACGACCCGAUGCUGAACCGCUACGACACCGGGCCGGGAGCGGACCUGGAUGAUGAGCAGCAGCCGGCGGCGUUGGCCGCCGCAUCGGCCGCUGCUGCGGCCAGCAAGUCCAGUGAUUUGACCCACAGCGAUACGCCGGCGGCGGUGCGGAUUCGGCUGAAGAACACCCGGGACCUGACGGAGGAUGGUCUGCGGGAGCUGUGUCGGCUGUAUGGAACGGUGAUCAAUGUGCACAAGCCCAAACAGGACAAGGGAAUGGCGUUCGUGGAGUUUGCCAAUCAAAGUGAGGCCGGCUUGGCCAUCCAGGAGCUGAACCGCAAGCUGGGCUUUCAAUUUUAUCCUGCGUUUGCGCACGAAAAGAAAACCCUACCGGCAAUGGAGUCCAAUAUUCAUGCACCGCCCCCUCCGUUCGAAUCCUCUGCCGGUGUUAAUUUGGUUCAGACCAUCGAAGCCAGUGGCGACGAGGAAAGUUGGGAACUGACGCUGGCACCCCGCCGCAUAAAGAGUGGUUUUUCGAUUCCGUUGAAGGUUCGGUUCCCGGAGAGAAGCACCUUGGCCACGGCACCUUAUUAUCGAUCGAAGGAAGACCGGAUGUCUCCGCUGUCGCGGGUGGACAUCAAUCGCAUCUUCAGCGUUGUUACACUGGUGGAUAGUGAACAUCGGGGGUUAAAGCCAUUAUUUGACACCAAUAUCGAGGAUCGGAUUACAAACUUUAUGAAACGAGAAGGCGUGAACCGAGUGGAACUUAAGGGCAAAAUCAAUGGAAAACCAACUUUCUGCUUCAGCAGUCUGCCCAAGGAAAAAAGCGCCCUAUUUCCAGAUUGUUUCUGUACGACAUGUGGCCAGCGGGGGUUCUUCAGCUGUAGUCUCUGCGGAACGCAGUACUGCUCGAAGCACUGUCAGCACAUGGACUACGAUCGCCACAAGGACGCAUGUCGGACCAAAACCAGCGACACCGAAACCAGCAGGUGUUCCACCCCGAGCAAAAAAGGUGGAUUCCAAGAUCUAGACGAACCCUGUUUGGUACAGGAAGACUUUCGGAAAGGAUCUCAUAUCGUAAUCCUAUCGGUGUUAAGUCAAGAACGAGUCUUUGUGCGAUCGCUGGACAAAGAAAGCAACAAAGAGUACUUACAGACACUAAGCGAUAUCGCCAAAGCCGGAUUGACGGCAGAAAAGCUAAGCGCAUUUCCCGAACCUGGAGACAUAUGCCUGGCACUGUACGAACCGUUGAAAAUCUAUGCCCGCGUUUUAAUUGUAAAAAUCACCAAACAAGGAGCCCUUUGUGUGUUCAUCGAAUUUGGCCUAAUCCAAGUCAUUACUAUUGACGACAUUCGCCUACUGUCCAACAGUGACCUCAAAUAUCGCAAAGUCCGCGUCCAUAAGGUGCACCUAAAGAGCAUCACCGAGGAGUAUGGCCACAUCGAGAAAGCCAUGACCUAUCUGAACACCCUCAUCGAUCAACCGCUCGAAAUGAAGGUCCAGCUUGAAAUGGGCAACCUGGUGGAUGGCGAACUGCGUACAGCCGCCGGAAUCAGCAUCAAUAAGAAAAUCAACGAUCUCAUAACCAUUCCCAUCUAUAAAGGAGCCGAGCAUCCGGACUCCUACGUCGACUAUAAAACCGUUCCCCAUAAAACUCUUCCUCCUAACAAACAACUCGAUAUUCUGAUCCUCAACCGGACGACCAUCAAGCUGGACUUCCGCGUGUCUCUCAUAGCGUAUGACGAUCUUCCGUACUUGCAGGACCUCCAAAGCAAACUGCAAAGUUACGGGAAGAAGGUGAGCCGAUUCGUUGAACACUACACCCCCCGAUUGCACGAGCUUUGCUUAGUGCGGAACAUGGACACGUGGUACCGGGCCGUCUGUCUGGAGUCGGUGGGUGACGGCCGUCCGACCGUGUACCUCUGCGACUACGGGUGUCUCAUCAUGGCCAAGCUGGACAACAUUCGGAAGAUUCCGCCCUCGCUGGCAAUGGAAGUGCGAACGACGGAUGCGCGGGUUUUCGGUGUGGAAGAAGCGGAAAAAGCGGGCGUGAAAAUCGAUUCGGAGUUUUUGGACAUCUAUCUGGAGGAGAAUGAGCGGAUGACGGUGCAGACCAGUGAGGAGGUGGAGUUUAAGGAGUUCGAGCUGGCGCUGUCUAAGGAUGAGACCUCGAUGUUGUCGGUGAUCAAGGUGCCGGAUUUGAUCAGCUUCAUGGAGGAUCGCGCUCAUUGCGUUUAAUCACAAGACGACGGCAACUUACUGCCAAUCACUGCCAAUCGUUUUUACACCAAUCGGACGACGACCCUCCAAACGACAGGAUGUGAAAAUAACACCCCUGUCUUGUUCCACCGUCUCCGUUCCCAUUGCAAAGGUGGGCGGAAGCGGCUCCGUACCGCAGGACAUUUACAUGCUACUAUCAUAAUACUAUCCACCGAAGCAGGCUACGGCACAGACCAAUACAGCCGUGGACGCAGGAAGCCAGGACAUCCACACACCUUCACCAAUACAAACGUUCGCACACCUAAACCAA